UUAGCUGUAGAUCAGUCGGUCACUAGAGCCCAUCGUGAACAGUUUCACCGUUCGUGCGCGCGCUCCGUUCACUUUGCCUCUAUUUUCCUACAAACCUCCUCCCCCUCCCACCCCACUAACUCUUUUAACUCCUCCUUAAAUUCGGCACGAAUUUCGGUAGACGAAUCUCUCGAACGACGAAUUUAAGCAUCGCUGUCAAAAUCCAAAUUUUUUCAUUCGCUGAUCUUCGACUUAAUUUUUUCGGGAAAACGAAAAAAUUUUUCUACACCAAAGACGAUCGUGUAUGUAGGCCAGUGUUGCAUUGUUCGUUUCUUUUUGGUCUAUUUUUUUUUUUUUUUUUUGAAGAGAAACAAAAAUUCUUUGAGUUCCCGAUUUCUAUCGAGCUGGCCUACGUGCUCUUGUUUCCGCUCUCUCUCUCUCUUUUAAUUGUGUGCAUCGUUCGUGCAAAGUGAGUGUUGGUUUUUUCGUUGCUCAUCUUUUUUGCUCAAGAUUAUCAGAAACAGGUUGUUUCUGCCAUGAGAAGGUCGACGCAGUGAAUUGCUUUGCUCCGUUAAUUCAUUAACGAGCGCCAUCGAAAAACCAUUUUUGUGUGUUGAAUAAAUUAUUCAAUUUUUCUUUCGACAUCUCACGGCCAUUCGGGUGUUUUCACUCUUUUCGACUUGGACUUUGUUCGUUCGUCUCCGGUUUGGAUUCGACUCUACAAGCUGCUCUACUGGACACAGUCUGGAAUCAAGUCAAUCAUCGGCUCUUCAAUCGCCAACAGGGUCCAUUCGACCUGACGGAACAUCCAGCUGAGAUGAUAAUUUCCAAGGACCUCUUCAUCUUUGGAGAACAAGACUAUUUGAAGCUUCUCCGAGACAGCAGAAAACGAGAUAUGGGACGUCCCGUGACUAGACCGGAUGGGCCAACUGGCAAGACUCGUCCUAUGGACCUUCACUUUACCAGCCUGUCUGUCUCGAUGGGCAAGCGGGCUUUGCUCAACGAAGUUUCGGGUGUCGUCCAACCUGGUGAAAUUCUGGCAGUCAUGGGACCUUCGGGGUCUGGCAAAACGACUUUGCUAAACGCCAUCUCUGGCCGGUUACCCAUCGAGAGUGGCACUAUCCACCUUAACGGAGAGCUGCUGAACAAGAAGCUCCGACGCAAGAUUUGCUAUGUCCUCCAGCACGACGUCUUCUUCCCUGACCUGACGCUCAAACAGACAUUAGUGUACACGGCGUUGCUGCGCUUGCCAGAAGCAAUGUCGUACAAUGACAAAAUGCAGCAUGUCAAUCACAUCAUCGAGAUUCUAGAUCUUCAGCGAUGUCAAGACACGAUCAUUGGAGACGGGUUGAGAAGAGGUCUGUCUGGCGGCGAAAAGAAACGUGCCAACAUUGCGUGUGAGCUGCUGACAAAUCCAGCGCUUCUUCUACUGGACGAGCCUACUUCCGGAUUGGACUCUAGUACGGCGCACAGUUUGAUGACGACGCUGAAGAAUUACGCGCGUCAGGAAAACAAAACGGUCGUCUUGACUGUUCACCAACCCUCGUCGCAGAUCUUCUACAUGUUCGAUCGGCUCUUGCUGCUAUGCAACGGCCAGACGGCUUAUUUUGGCGACACGAAAAAAGUCGUCGACUUCUUCAAACACAUCGGCCUCCCCAUCGAGCCGCACUAUAAUCCGGCCGAUUUUAUCCUGGAGCAAGUCAAAGGAACGGCCGAGAAUCAGCAGAGGAUCAUUACUGCGUACAGAGAGACGCGGAGCGAUCCCGAUCUUGCCGAGCAGUUGCUUAUGACUGUUGGAGUCGGCGGAACUACAAGUACCAGUACCAUUUACGAGAACUACCUAGACGGCCUUCACAGCUCCAAUCUUGACCCUGCACAACUACCUAGUCCCACACAAGAUUACGCCUGUCAAGGAAAUGAAUGGCAUUUAACCUCGCCUCCAUCUCCACCACGUUCGGUUGAACUGCGUUUGACCAUCGAAAAAGGCGUACCUUGCGUUUACAAUAAAAUCGCUAAAGAAGAGGAAGACAGCGGCCGUUCUUCCUGGUCAGAUAAUCAAAGCCAUGCGUCUCACAGCACUCAGGCCAGCAGCGGGUGCCACAGCUCGCCGGCCGAGUUUCACUGGGACGAGUCUACGAAAUGGCCGACAUCUUUCUGGACCCAAUUCAAAGUCUUGUCGAGACGCAACUUUACUGUGACACGCCCGCGAAUGCUUUCGCGUCUGAAUUGGAUUCAAACGCUUGGCUUAGGCCUCAUGUCUGGUCUUUUGUGGUUCCGAGUCGAUAGGAAAGAAGAAACACUUAGCAACAUUCAAGGCUGGAUGUUCUUUUCCACCACUUACUGGAUGCUUUUUGCACUCUUCGGAGCCUUAUCUUCAUUUCCGUCAGAGCAAGAAGUUAUCAAGAAGGAAAGACAGUCGGGUGCCUAUCGUCUUUCGGCGUACUACAUGGCCAAAAUGGUCGGCGAGCUGCCGCUCAUCAUAACCCUACCGGCCGUUUAUCACAUAAUUUCUUAUCCGAUGCUGGCGGUCGAUUUCUUCAAUCCCGGAACUUUCGUCAUUCAGCUUGGCUUCCUAUUACUCAACACAGUCGUGGCUCAAAGUGCCGGCUUAUUUAUCGGGGCGGCUUGUAUGGACCUGGAAGUAUCAAUUACCAUUAGCGCACUUUAUACCCUUGCCAGUCAGUUAUUUGGUGGGUUCUUGUCCACGUCGAUCCCGGCAUGGAUGGAGUGGAUGCGGUACUUUUCCCUCGUCCAUUAUGCGUUCCAGAACAUGCAAAUAGUGGAGUUUAACCAAAAUUCACCAGUUCGGUGCGCUGAAAAGAAUUCACGUUUUGACGCCUGUGUCAACGGGGCGGAAGAGAUUCCUCCACACGCCAUCCUUGCAGCUUCUGGUGGCACUGGGUUCCCCUUAUGGGCCAACACGCUUCUGUUGUUGGCUUUCCUCUUCGUUUUUCGAAUUUUAGGCUAUAUGGUGUUGCGUUAUUUCCGCAGACCAAGAUAAAGAAGUUUGCUGGUUACUUCAACAAUAGCUAAAACAGUUGAAACGAGAAACACUAAUUAAAGUGCAAUCGCAAUAUUCUAUGUAACACACCUCACACAGAAGCACGCUAAAAACAAAAAAAAAUUACUACUACAAGAAAAAAAAAAAAAAAAACUAAAAAAGAAAACAAAAACAAAACGAAAAAAACAAAAAAACAAAAAACAAAAUAUUUAAACCUUUAUUUUUCUAUUCCGGACGGUUGUUUGCGUGUUGGUGACCAUUGAUACUGGACUCCUUUGCCAUGUUUGUUGUGCAAUUCUUUUCUGUUUGUUUGUUUCCCUCUAUUCGUUUGACCCACUCCCCGAUGCCAAGUGGUCAAUCCUGACGAAUUUCAGUCGCACCAGUAAAUCUGCAAUUCUGCAUCCACAGCGUAGUUUGCCACACUGGGAUUUAGGCAAAAGAACGUGUACAGGAAGUGUUGGUUUGUUUUGCGUGUGCAUGUGUGAGCGUAUGAUUUAUUUUGAAUUUCGGUAAUUUAUGGUCCAGAAAUAUUGCCUCUUGACUGCGGUUGCGGCUUUUCAGCAGCUGGAAAAACACGGAAAAUCCAACAGCGGCAGUCUCGGGUUCGCCGAGGGACUCGGGGGCUAUGUGAUUUAUCAUUAAUUGCCAAAACGAGAAUAUAGGAAAAAAACAAAACGAAAAAAAAACAUAAAAAUUCCCUCCUUUAGCUCCCAUUGAAAAGAGAACGAUAAGAGUUAUUCACAUCUCCGAACCAGCCCUCCCCUUCCCUCCCGAUCACCUCCGCCUCAUAUGAUCCGUGAUCGAGAUCGAAACACAUUCAGAGUAUAUAUAUAUAAUUAUCGCACUCCUCACCUCGUGAAUAAUAUGCCUCUCUUCAUCACUACUUGUGCGAAUGUUUUCUUUUAGAGUGAAAUCCCGAGUAGCUCUUUUCUUUUCUCCUAUUUUUUUGUUUGUUUGUCUGGCAAGCACUUGUUAACAAUAUUGGGCCAACAUUGAAUUCUCCCCUCACGCUCUUUUCAUCAUUUUUGUAUCUCACGAGCUUCAGCGUUUUCAAAAUAGCCUCGUUUUUCAUCCAAUCAAUGUCGAUGAAUGUCCCCUUUCCGAUGUGUAACGCCUCUCAGUUAGAUUGUUACUCUUUCAGUGAUAAUAACCAACAAAUAUCAACAGCUAAUAGAGGUCGAAAGUAACGCAGUUGAACAAGUUUUGCUGGCCUUUAUAGGUCGACAUAGAAUGGAUUCUUGCUCUACAGGCUCUAAACAUCUUGACCAUGCAAGUGGCAAUCUUUAGAGGCACACACAUUCUUAUGCCCAUGUGUAAAAUACUAGGUGAAUGAAUGUCUGAACUUGGAGCGUGCCUAACCGUACGAUAUGAGUGGUUACAUGGCAGUGGUUGCUGAAAUUUCUAAGAGUCCUGUCGUUUUCAUCCCUUUUCCGUUGGUCCAUACUCUUUACUCCCCAUCAUUCACCCCGCACUUCAACCACGGGGAUUACGUUAUUGAGAGAUAUCUGUUCAUACGUACCAUCUCCCAUCAUAUGCCUGUGAUAUAGCUUCCUCGGCUUAUAUUUCUUUCUUUAAUUUGUUUUCUAUCACUUUUCUUCUCUCAUCUUUGGUCGAUUCUGGAAAUAAUUGCGAAAAUAAAUGAUUACAGAUGAA